GUUACGGAAGAGUCAGCAACUUGGGGGUUGUGAGUGGUGGGAGGGGGCGGCAAUCAAGCAGGAUUUGCGGGACGGGGGUGUUUUCCUCCGGGGAGCCUCUGUAGUUUUCCCCUCCCUCCCCGGCGCAGCCCCCAGACGAGAAGAGGCCGCUCGCGUAGAGUGAAAGUGGUUGGAACGUUCCGGGGGUUCUCGAACGGUGGGAAUCCGAGCAGAGCCACGCCCCCCUUUUCCUCCCUUCUCCGUUCUGCAAGUGGCGCCUUGGCUUUUAAUAAUCCGUGUUUUUCUACCGCCUCGAUCGCUCCUGCCUUCAAAGUUAUGUCUGCUGAAUGGUUUUCUUGUCCCUAAACCUCUAGCCAUUUGAGAUUUACUACGUUGGAUCAAAAGCAAGAUGUUGCCUACCACAUUAAUUAAUCCCCGAGAUCAGGGCAAUGGAUCUUUAAAUACUAGAGCAUCAGCAAGACACACGGCUGGAGCAAAGCGCUAUAAAUACUUGAGAAGACUUCUUCAUUUUCGUCACAUGGACUUUGAGUUUGCUGUGUGGCAGAUGUUGUAUCUGUUCACUUCACCACAGAAGGUGUACAGAAAUUUUCAGUAUAGGAAACAAACAAAAGACCAGUGGGCUAGAGAUGAUCCAGCUUUCCUUGUGUUGCUGAGUAUCUGGCUGUGUGUAUCCACUAUAGGAUUUGGAUUUGUGUUAGGCUUGGGAUUUGUUGAAAUGAUAAAGCUGCUGCUGUGGGUCGUGUUUAUAGACUGUGUAGGAGUUGGCCUUCUAAUUGCAACUUUAAUGUGGUUUAUCUCCAAUAAAUUUUUGCUAAAGCAUCAGAACAGGGACUAUGAUGUAGAGUGGGGAUAUGCCUUUGAUGUUCAUUUGAAUGCUUUCUACCCACUUCUUGUUAUCCUGCAUUUUAUCCAGUUGUUUUUCAUUCAUCAUGUAAUUUUAUCAGCGUCAUCUCUUGGCUAUUUUGUUGGAAAUACUUUCUGGCUGGUUGCAAUUAGUUAUUACAUCUAUGUGACAUUUCUGGGGUACAGUGCAUUGCCAUUCCUGAAGAACACGGUGAUCCUUCUGUAUCCAUUUGCGCUUCUCAUCUUGGUAUACGUGGUCUCUUUAGCGAUUGGGUGGAACUUUACGAAAGCACUUUGCGUUUUCUACACAUACAGAGUGAAAUAAACUGG